UUUUCAAAACGAGCCCGUGCUUGCUGCAGUAGUCGGUCCACAGCAACGCCAAACUUUCUUCAAAACCUCAAACCCCACGCUUCCCCAAAACCCAAACACCCGUUUCUUCAGAGCAAAUAUGGUUCCAGACUCAGCAUCGCUUACCUUCAAAGCCCCACUCCUACACCGUUUCGUGGGGUUUUCUCGCAGACCCACUACGCUUUCCGGCCACCUUAACCGGGUGCCCAUAAACCCAGUCCAGAUGAGAGGGUCUCGGAGCUGUGCUUCGUGCCAGUCUUACUCUUAUCCGUCGAGGUUUGGUCAUGGAUCUUUGUUUAAGAGUGUGGGUCUUUCUGAAAUGGGAUUCAGGCAGCUGGGUUUUGGUCAUUUUUGGGUUUCAGCAGUCCCGGAUGGCGUGUCGGUUGGAACAGGUGGAAAUGGGGGUUCUGGUGAUGGAAAUUCUCGUGGGAGAGGUGAAGGUGGUGGGGGUGGUGAUGGCAGUGACGGUGACGGUGGAAAUAACUUGCCCUUAAUAUCUUGGUAUUUGGCUCUUCUUGCAAAGUAUCCUGUGUCAACAAAAGCUCUGACAUCUGCACUUUUAACUUUAAUUGGAGAUUUAAUCUGUCAGGUUGUGAUUGAUCAAGUGCCAUCGCUAGACUGGAAAAGGACCUUCCUGUUUACUCUGUUGGGUCUGGUGCUAGUGGGUCCCACAUUGCAUUUCUGGUAUUUGUAUUUGAGUAGAUUGGUAACAUUGCCUGGAGCAUCUGGUGUGUUCUUGCGGCUUUUACUAGAUCAGUUCCUCUUUUCUCCUAUAUUUAUUGGAGUUUUCUUAGCUACGCUGGUGACACUAGAAGGAAGGCCAUCACAAGUCAUUCCAAAGCUUCAGCAGGAGUGGUUGGCUGCUGUUCUUGCAAAUUGGAAGUUGUGGAUACCUUUCCAAUUUCUCAACUUCCGAUUUGUCCCCCAGCAAUUUCAGGUCCUUGCUGCUAAUUUUGUUGCUCUUGUAUGGAAUGUUGUUCUCUCCUUUAUUGCACACAAGGAGAUACAUUCAAAAUAGGUAUGCAAGUUUCCCAGAAAGCACAAUCUGCCAAUCCCUAGUACUGUGUCAGAUAUGUAGAUGCCUUCUAGCACAGUUUUCCAACGACUACUUUAGAUAACUGCAAAAUGUUAAAGCU